AUGGCCACGGCCAAGCUCCUCCUCCUCAUGGUCCUCGUGGCCGCCAGCUCCUGCGACGGCAGCGCGUGGCGGGGGCCGCUGAGCCGCCUGCGGAUGCUGCCGACGGCGCAGUACGUCGUCGAGGCGGCCGCGGAGCGCCUCAAGGAAGACGUGUCGUCGGCGCCGCUGAUCCACGCGCUGCACCCGCUGCUCGGCUCCGCGGGGGACUUCUCCAGGCGCGCCGGCGUGCCGUGCGACAGCUGGCGCCUGGCCGUGGAGACGUACAACAAGCGGGACUGGACGACGGUGCCGGCCAGCUGCGAGGGCUACGUCGGGCACUACAUGCUCGGCGGCCACUACCGCCGGGACUCCCGCGUCGUCGUCGACGAGGCCGUCGCGUACGCCGAGACGCUCAACCUCGGCGGCAACGGCAAGGAGGUGUGGGUGUUCGAUAUCGACGAGACGUCCCUCUCCAACCUCCCCUACUACGCCAACCAUGGCUUCGGGGCUCAGCCGUACAACGCCACCAACUUCGACGAGUACGUGGUGAACGCGACGGCGCCGGCGCUGCCGGAGGUGCUGGAGCUGUACGAGAAGCUGCUGUCGCUGGGCACCAAGGUGAUGUUCAUCACCGGCAGGCACGACACCGAGAAGGAGGCCACCAUCAAGAACCUCCGCAGCGCCGGCUACCACACCUGGGAGAAGCUUGUGCUCAAGCCGUCGUCCCUGGGCUCGUCGGUGGUUCCCUACAAGUCCGGCGAGCGGCAGAAGCUGGUGGACGCCGGGUAUCGCAUCGUGGGCAACAUGGGCGACCAGUGGAGCGACCUCCUCGGCGCACCGGAGGGCGAUCGCACGUUCAAGGUGCCCGACCCCAUGUACUACGUCGGCUGA